GGAGUGACCAUGUUGGUUUCGGGAAGCAGCCGUCUGUCGUAGUUCGUGAAAAUCUGAACGCAUAGGCUAAAGGGGGAACUACGGUCGACUGUCGGUUCGUUUGGUUCGUCCGGUUUUUCUGUAACACCAACAGACCAAAACAGCUCGCCGUCAAAUGACAUUUCCCCAUCAUGUCUAGAAGUGGGAGGUCCACGCAUUCAAGCCCAGGGGAAUUUUCGGGCCUGUGUGAGCCUCUUCGGGGUCCGGGCAUCCAAGUUUACCUCCUCUGGACGAAGGAGGGGGAGAGAUAUUUGUCCCACGAAAGUGGAGAAAUCACAGCAGAGGAGCUGUGCAUCUCUGCCGCAGAGACAGUAGGGAUCACUCCUCUGUGCCAUGUGCUGUUCGCUCUGUACAAUCCACUGUCACACUGCUGGUACAGUCCAAACCACAUCUUCAAUCCGGAGGAUGACUCUGGCCUGGUGCUUCACUAUUGUAUGAGGUAUUACUUUCGGAAUUGGCACGGACUAAGUGGUAAGGAGCCAACUGUAUCGCGUUAUGCACACAGAUCAGAACAGGGAGGGUCUCCUCUACUUGAAAUCACAUCGUUGGAGUACUUAUUCGCUCAGGCUAAAUAUCAGUUUGUGAAUGAAGAAGUGCAAAUGGAAGACAUUGAGUCAGAGGAGGAGUUAAGUCGCUUCAAAAAUGAAAGCUUGGGAAUGGCUGUACUUCACCUCUCGCACCAGGCAUUGCAAACAGGCUGUAAAUUACAAGAGGCUGCCAAAAAAUUCAGCUUUUUGCAAUGCAUUCCAAGGUCUUUUGCCAGACAAAUUUCUAAAGACAACUUCCUGACAAAGCUCAGGAUCCAGCACGUGUUUAAAGAGUUUGUGCGGACGUUCCAGCAGCACACAGUGGAUAAAGGCCGGCUGGGCACCCACGAGAUCAUGUAUAAGUACAUCUCUACUCUUGAACACUUGGCACCACGUUUUGGCAUAGAGACCUUCCCUGUAUCCUAUUUCGAACUGAGAGAGGAUGGGGAUGGAAGUAGCUCUUACACCGGCGCCACUCACGCGCAUGGCGUCUCAAAGGACGGCUACAGAGCUCCCGACACACACGAAAUUAUGGUCUCUGGCACCAAGGGGAUUCAGUGGAGGAAAUUAUCCAGUCAGAAGGCACAGGCCAACUCUUACUUCAGGAGUGACUCACUGAACUACAUAAAGAGAGCAAAACAGCAGCCCAGCCAACCAGUUGUGAACACUUCCAAUAAAUGGACCCCUUUCUGUGAUUUCCCUGAAAUAACUCACAUAGCCAUCGCCGGAGCUAAUGUGUGCAUUAGCACUCAGGACAAUCAGUGCAUGGAGGUUCAGAUGAACUCCAGCCAGGAGGCCCAUUCCUUCAUCUCCCUGCUAGAUGGAUACUACCGGCUGACUGCAGACGCCCACCACUAUCUUUGUCAUGAAGUGGCUCCCCCAAGGGUAGUGCUGAGUGAAGCAAAUGGACUGCAUGGACCUAUGCACGAUGAUUUUGUUCUGCUGAAGCUGAAAAAGGAGGCAGCAGACGAGGGAGCUUUCCUCGUACGUUGGAGUGCUCUCGACUAUCGUCGCAUCAUCCUAGCUGUCCUGAGCAAAAAUGAGAAUGGAUCUGCGCCAAGCCACAAGCAAUUUCGGAUUCAGCACAAGGAUUCGAUGUUCUGUCUGGAGGGCUGGGACCAAGAAUUCUCCAGUUUGAAAGAGCUCACAGACAGCCUCAAGACUUUUGUACUCAAGUCUGGUUCGGAGAGCUUCACUGUCAAAAAAUGCUGCUUGCCAAGACAAGCAGAGACAUCAAACCUUCUGGUGAUGAGGCAAGGUGCCAAUCGCCCUGCUCACAUGGACUCCUUCUCCCUGAACAUGACCCAGCUACGCUUCCACCAGAUCAAGGACAAAAAUAUCAAACAGGAACAGCAUUUGGGCCGUGGGACCAGAACUAACAUCUACUCGGGACGUCUGCUGGUGCAAGGUGGAGGAGAAGGUGACGAGAAUGACGAGUUCAACAACAACUUGACUGACCGCAAAGGGAUCCAAGUGGUUCUGAAGAUUCUAGACCAAAGCCACAAAGAUGUUGCACUGGCAUUUUUUGAAACUGCGAGUGUCAUGAGUCAGGUAUCCCACAGCCACCUGGUGUUUGUGCACGGUGUGUCAGUUAAAGGAUCUGAAAACAUCAUGGUGGAAGAAUUUGUGGAGUUUGGGCCUCUGGAUGUUUUCCUUCGCAAAGAAAAGGCCUUAGUGACUCCUCAGUGGAAAUUCAUUGUUGCAAAACAACUUGCCAGUGCACUCAGUUAUCUCGAGACCAAACGGCUGGUUCAUGGAAACGUCUGCGCCAAGAACAUUCUGGUGGCAAGGCGUGGUCUGGAGCACGGUACAACUCCUUUUGUCAAGCUGAGUGACCCAGGAAUUGCUCUGACAGUCCUUUCACGCGAAGAGCGUCUUGAUCGUAUCCCAUGGAUUGCUCCUGAGUGUGUUGACAGCGGUAUGUCCAUUGGCAAUGCUUCUGACCAGUGGAGCUUUGGCGCCACGCUGCUUGAAAUAUGUAACAACGGAGAACUUCCCAUGAGUGGCAGCACAUUGUCUGAGAAGGAGCGCUUUUAUCAGCAAAAGGGCCAUCUUGCUGAACCAUCCUCUCAGGAACUGGCCAGCUUCAUCAGCAUGUGUUUGACCUACGAGCCUGUGGAGAGGCCUUCGUUCCGCACUGUGCUCAGAGAACUCACAGAAAUCAUGAUAAAAAAUCCUGAUAUAUCCCCAAGUGAAUCUCUUCCAAACACAGACCCUAGCAUGUUCCAUAAACGCUACCUGAAAAUGAUGCGGAAAUUAGGAGAGGGUCACUUUGGAACGGUGAGUCUCUACUUGUACGACCCGGCCAACGAUGGGACAGGAGAGCUUGUGGCAGUGAAGGCUUUGAAACAAGAGAGUGGUAAUGUGGAAAGCUGGAAGAAGGAGAUUGAGAUCCUCAAGUCCCUUUACCACAGCAACAUUGUCAAGUACAAGGGCUGUUGUGCUGAACUGGGAGGGCAAAUGGUGCAGCUAAUAAUGGAGUACCUUCCUCUGGGGAGUCUGCGAGAGUACUUUGAGAAACAUAAACUGGGUAUGCCCCAGUGCCUCAUGUUUGCUCAGCAGAUCUGUCAGGGCAUGGAUUACUUGCACUCAAAGCGAUACAUCCACCGAGACCUAGCUGCCCGUAAUGUCUUAGUGGAGAAUGAUGGUUUGGUAAAGAUUGGAGACUUUGGCCUGACAAAAUACAUCCCCGAAGACCAGAUCUACUAUCGUGUCCGUGAGCAUGGGGACAGUCCGGUGUUUUGGUAUGCCAUUGAGUGCUUGAAGGAGAGUAAAUUUUCCUUUUCCUCUGACGUUUGGUCCUUUGGUGUUACAUUGUAUGAGAUCCUGACCCGUUGUGACCAUCGCCAAAACCCCCCAACAAAGUUCUGUGAAAUGAUGGGGCCACCGAAGAGACAGAUAACCAUGAUGGAACUCAUAAAAUUGUUGGAGAGACAUAUGCGAUUGCCUUGUCCCAGAGACUGCCCACAUGAGGUGAAGAUAAUAAUGGAGCGGUGUUGGGCUGCAGACCCUGACCAACGGCCAUCGUUCAGUUCCCUCAUCGAAAAGCUUGAGGCUGUUCGCAGAACGUACGACUGGCAGUCUAGUAUAAAUUUUUCUUUGGCUCAGAUUUGCUGAUCAGAACUCUUUGGAUCUACUUGUCUACAUGUCAUCACUUUGCCAUUAUGUCAACCAUGUAUUACAGGGUAUACAAUCAUGUGUGUCCUGCUGUGCUAUGCCUGCAGCCUCCAUUUACAUAUAUGACUUUAUACUGUAUGGUUUAUUUUGAUCUAAGCAUUGAUAUCCUCUCAUAUGUUAUGUUAAAAUGAUGAUAAACUUUGUGUGUUUUUUUUUUUGUUCUUGGCUGAUGAGUUGAACAUCUCUAGGAAAGGUGCCAUCGGCUUUUGUCCUACAAAGCUUACAGAUUUACUUAUAUCACAGGAAGUGUCAGAAUUUCCAUGAGCUUGGGAGAGUACUAUGUUUCAUCUUAUGUUAAAUUGUGGUAGAUUUUUCUUAACUUUGCCUUUCAUUUUGUAUAUACCAGAAUAACAAAUACAAAAUCUAAUAAACCAUUUUUCACAUUCCACUGAA